GCAGCUCAAUUUCUCAUCCAUGCACCAGCCAAAAGUCUCCCAUGUCAUAAUUGCCUCCUCACGCCCUUCGUCCUAUAUCUUCUACCUAGACAGAUGCACGAGCCUUGAGACUGAUCCCGUACAAAACAAGCUCUGCUCUGCAUCAGUCUGCACUCGUCUAGGCUUCUCCGGCUUGAAUGUCCUACUCAUUCACUGCGGAACCUGCGCAGUCGCUUGACGAGCAUCCCCUCUCUCAACACGCGCUUGGUCACGAUGCCCAACAACAACCACAAACAGAGGGACAACGGCAUGACAGAGUACCGGUCUCGCAACAGGAUACCGGCAACAUGUCAGGCUCUAAUACCAUUGAGAUAACCACCACUCAACGCAUGAUCUCCGCCACCUGGGGGAGUAUCUUGACCUCACUGCUUGUAACACCGCUCGAUGUUGUGCGUGUACGGUUGCAAUCGCAGCAAGCUCCUCCGCCCUCGAAUCUCUCCCGUUUCCCUGCCUAUUCUACAAACUUCAAACAGCUUCCGCCCGAUCUCGGCGUCAACUCAUGUUGUCGAGAGGUGUUUUUUGUCGGAAACAAUGGUCAGUUCUGCCUUGCAGGAAACGGCUCCGCACAGGGGUCAUCAGCACUCGCAGCUGAAUGUGCCGUUGAAGAAACACAGCGGAAGACCUUCAAUUCAACCCUUGACGGCCUGAAGAAGAUUGCAAGGAACGAAGGCUAUUCAACGUUGUGGCGGGGGCUCUCUCCGACGUUGCUGAUGGCCAUUCCUGCCAACGUCAUUUACUUCACGGGCUACGACUGGCUCCGCUACCACCACAACAGUCCCAUCAGGAAGAUCUCGUCCGACACCUACGCCCCUCUCGUUGCCGGUUCCAUCGCGCGAGUAGCAGCUGCCAUUGCAGUCUCACCCAUCGAAAUGUUCCGAACUCGGAUGCAAGCGGUCUCUGGGAUCGACACGGGCGUAUUCAAAGAAACGCUACUUGGCUUGCACCGGAUGACGCAGACCCAGGGAUACACCUCCCUAUGGCGUGGGUUGACCCUAACCAUGUGGCGAGAUGUGCCCUUUUCCGGCAUCUAUUGGUGGGGAUACGAAGCAAUCCGGAAUAAAUUGACUGAUGCUCGACAAUUGGCGAACGGCCAACAUCUUGACCCUGCCCGCUCCAUGACCGGUGGACGAACAGCUCAAGCUCUCGAAAACCACACAACCACUUUUGUCGACAGCUUCGUCGCUGGCGCAGGUUCCGGUGCGGUUGCUGCUUUCGUCACCACUCCCUUCGAUGUCGGCAAGACUCGUCAGCAAGUUUAUCACCAUGCCGGAGACGACGCCCCCUCCGUGGUGGCCGCAAGAGAGGCUGCCAAAGCCGGCAAACAUAUUCCAGAGGAAUUGUCGAUACCACGCUUUCUGUACCACAUUUUCACCGAGGAAGGCAUGAGUGGACUAUUCAAGGGAUGGGCGGCACGAUGUUUAAAAGUGGCACCCGCAUGCGCAAUUAUGAUCAGCAGCUAUGAAGUGGGCAAGAAGUGGGCCAAGACGGUGAACGAAAAGAAGGAAGAGAGGAAGGCUAUGUCUUGAUUUCUCGAGGUCGAGCAGAUUCCUAUCUCAGGAAGGAAAAGGGCGAAUUGUUUUCGUGACGACUAUGAGUUCAUUCAAUGAAUUGUACCACUAUCAGCGGCCUGGUUUUCGGCCCUCUAAUGUACAGCACUGGGCGCGGCGUUGGCGGAAUUCUUCUUAGCUAGAGCAUCAUGAACUCCACUGGCGAAGGGAAGAGCGCAUUACAAGGUGAUGCCGUUCAAUUUCACUCUCCGUUCUAUGCAUGCUUGUCCCCUAUGGCAGUCUUUUGUUCCUGGUGAUAACUCCGUGAAGUAAGCGCUGCGAGAUCGUCAAAAAUCAAUCCCAC